AUGCCAAUGAUGAGAUACCAAGCACACUGCUUCCUAUUCGUUUAUGCAGCAAUUAUUGCAGCAUCCGGCGCGCUCGAUGAUAUGUUCAAUGGUCAUCAUUUUCAGUCAUUAGGAUUUGGCGAGCAACACACUGCCCUGGACGACCUCCAGCAUUCGAUUUCCACUCUCCCUCCCGAUCAGCUGAAUCAGCCGGAUGACCCUUCGAGAUACUCGUCCAGCUCAAACAGCCAACCGAGCUUCUUCGACGCCUCCGACGAUUUCCUGCAAACGGAAUUCCUACCGCAUGACCCUUUCGAGACAGCCUGGCCCCCAUCACCGGGGUCUAUUGACCAACAUCAGGCUUGGAGGACCGAAUUUGGUCACAGUGAACCCUCGACUCACUCUCCUCAACCUAUUGAUCACUUAAAUGAGGAACCCAGCUUCUUGUUCUCCUCGAUACCCCCGCCAAAAGUCAAACCUAUCUCAUCCGAGUCAGUCGCAGGGACAAACAUAUCCUCAAGAAAAGAAACUCUUGACUCAAGCCAACUAUCUAUGAAAGCUAGCAAGCAAUUCAAGAAAACAAGCCAACAGUCCCAGAUCACAGUAAGCCAGCGAUCUACCAAGUCAAGUCUGAAAUUCACGAAAUCAAAGCAACCAACGCCCGGAACAAGAAAAACAUACUUACCUAGCGACGCUAUCGAGACUGCCAGAAUCAAAAUUGAUAGAGUUAUGAAAAGAAGAAAGCUGAAUGAUUCAGAAGAUGAGAGAAAUAUCCCGCUUUUGGUUAGUCAAAUUUACCAAGCGGUAGGUGUGCAGACUGAAAAAGACGGCUUGCCAAGAUUCGAAUUUGAUCAGGAUGCAUUCUGUGAUGCCCAAAAAGACGAAAGACUAGAGACGCAUGUUUUGGCUCCAAUUUUCCAGUCCCAGUAUACGUUCGAAAGCACGAGGAUAGAAGUAGCUGAAAUGCAUUUCCAACAAUUUCUGUUGCGGGUAUAUACUUCUUGUAAAUCCCGCAUGAGGGGGCGAAGCUCAGAUCUGGUAUGGAUUGAAAAGAUGCGCACAUUCACGAAGCAUCAAGAGCUGUUGGAGAAGUAUUGGUAUCGGAUCAACCUCAAGUUUUGCACCGAACCCGACCAAAUAGUGUUGAACAAAUUCCGCGAGAUGUUUCCGUUGUACUUAUUCUAUGUUGAAAUGAUCAACACUGUCGUACCAAGACCUGCUGGCGAAGAAUUGAGUUACGAAGCCGAGUUAAUACAAGCCUCUGCAAUAUACAUCAACUACGUACGCAAAAUUGACGAAUUUUUAAUGGACUUCAGUCAGAGAUGGCUGCGGUCUAAGGCGGGGAUGGAGGAGGAAAAGGCGGAAGCGCGUUACUUGAGAGAGCUGAAAAGAAGGGAUGAGAAUGCUACCGCAAUGAAGAACCAUCUUUGGGCCUUUUUGGAAGUUUGGAUGGAGAAACAAAGGCCAUCAUUAUUUUACGAAAACUGCACUCACACAGGACUUUUCUUGUACACUGGCAGAGCUUUCUUUAAUGAUAUCUUUAUCUACUCUGCGGAAAAUUUUGUCCAGUUCAUUCAGAAAAAUAGUGUUGAAAGACAUGUUGGAUAG